CAAACAUUCGAAUUUCGAAUUUGAAAAUUACGGAACUUUAACCUUUGUUGUGAAUUAAAUUAUUAAUUCUUGUAUUUUGUGAAAACGUGAAUUGUUUUGUGAAAUUUAAACUCCUCUACCAUGUCUGAGUUCCGGACGCCAACUAGGACCAGGACGAAAGCUAUCGACAUCAAUGGAACGAUCACGAUUCCUCCUUCACCGUUUCUCAACAGACUUGGCUAUGGCACAGGUGUAUCAGUGAUGCAGCUAAUGCGAUCUCCUAAAGCGGGUCAGAUACGUUCACCAUGGGCGCUAAAAAUGCUCAACAAGAGAGUGAAACCUAACAAAGUGUAUACGGAGCGGCUGCAAGCAGAGGCGGAGCUGCUACAGCGCAUGUCUCAUCCCAACAUAGUGGGUUUCCGGGCCUUUAGUAAGGGAAAGAUCCUGUAUUUGGGUAUGGAGGCCUGUGACCUAUCCUUGGGUGAUAUGAUUGAGAAGAAAUUAGAUGACGACUGUGAGCCGUUCGCGCCUGAGAAGAUAUUGAAAGUGGCAUUAGACAUAGGGAAGGCCCUUGAAUACUUGCAUACAAAAAUGCAAAUCCUGCACGGAGACAUGAAGUCCUACAACAUCUUAGUAAAUGGUGACUUUGUGGUGUGCAAGCUGUGUGACUUUGGAGUCACUCUUCCACUCGACCAGAAUGGACAAGUUGACAAGGAAAAGGCAGGAAAGGCUGUUUAUUUUGGCACAGAAGCAUGGAGUGCCCCAGAAGUGAUAAAUGGUGACAUUAUAACCAGUGCAGCGGACAUCUGGCCGCUGGGGCUCACGCUGUGGGAGAUGAUGGCUCUCAUGCCGCCACACAGCCAGAGUGAAGACGACACUCUCCACAACAUGAGCAUGGAGAGUCUUGAUGAAGAUAGUGUCAUGGACAUAUUCUUUGAGAGAUAUGGCACGCGGCCGGCCGUGCCCGUGAAUAUAUCGGAGAAGUCGUACGCUGGUCCUCUGACGCUGUUCUCCUGCUGCACCGAAGCCGAGCCGUGCCGCAGACCCGCCGCGCAGCACGUCGCGGCAACCGCAGAACACUUCCUAGCCGAUAUGUAGAUAGGUGUAGCCCAUCCAAAAUAGAAAAGGGAACUCGUGGCCGCCAUAUUGGAAUAUAUAGCUGGAAAUAUAUUUCGAUUCAAAUUUCGCUAUAUAUUAUAGCGCUUAUCGCGAUAUAUUAUUGGGAAAAUAAAUUAAAUCAUAUUUUAAACAACUAUAUUCAAGUAACAUAAAUAAAAAUUCAACAAUGUAGGUAGUCCUUAAAAGUAGUAGUUAAAAUACCUCGCUUCACUAUUAUACACUUACAUGUGCCACAACUGUAUACAAAAUUGUGAUUUAUACACCUUACUAUACAGUACAUUAUGUAUAUAGUAUAAACUAGUGAUGUGAAACAAAUGUUCAAAAAUAUAUUUGUGUUUUAAUGAUAUAAGUAUACUAUAGUUUUCCAUAAUUGACUUAAAAGAGGAAUAAAUCUCAGAAACUUCGAAAAAAGGCGUAAGCGACGAGAUUUGCCGGGCGCUUUAGAUCUUCUGGAGUUAGGUUUUGCACUCUUAUGAUGAUUUUAUUGUCAGUUCGUUUCGUCUCCCUUACACAUUUGACAUUUGAGCGAGAAACAGCUACUUGUUUACCUUUUAAGUCAAUUAAGGGAAAAUAGAUUAUAAGUAGUACAUAGUUUGAGAUUAUAGUUUAUUUAACAGAUCUUAUUAUUGCUAAGCUGGUGCAUGAUCAGAGACCAGGGUAUUGCAAAAACAAUACCCCACCUGGUGCAGUUGAGUAAAAUAAAAUAAAAAUUGAUUUUAAUACUUAAUUCAGACUUGGCGCUUUAGAACUUGUAAGUUUUAUUGGCGCUUUAUCUUAAAAGCUUUGCAAUAAAAUAGUUACUUAAACGUAUUUGAAUAGAUAUUGUAAAAACUUUAGUUAUUUCAUAGUUUUCUUUCACAAAAAUCUUAUAUUAGGUCAUUUAACUAUAAAUUGUAACUGCCCCUUGAUUUCAGCGCAACCACAUUGUAAAAAACAAGGUGAUCCACUUUAAAACUUUUUAUAGGUAACUUUUACCUGUAUAUGGACUUGCAAAAAAUAAUGCAAGUCAGUUCAUUAAAAAAAUACAUAAUUUGCAGUCGCAUAUAAAAGUGGACAUAAAUAUAUUUAUUUACGUUGUAAAAAAAUGUACUGUUUUAGUUUUAAAAUAUGUACUUUUUCGAGAUUCAUGGCGUAAGCUUUUCGACAUUAGUCAUCACAUUAUGAACUAUAAUGAGCUGUUUAAUUGACUAGUUAACUGUGAGAUUUAACUAUUAGUACUUACUUAGAUAGUAAAAUAGCUUAAAAUAAAAAGCACCGAUGGAAAACAAGACCCUGACACCUAUUAUGAGUCAACUAAACAGGUCCAAGAACAUAUAUUUUCAGGCUAUUCAAAAAUAAGAUUUCUAAGAUAACUAAGUACUGUACAUACACACUGACAGGUGGCUUGCCUAAUCGCCUAGUCUUGAAACUUUCAAGGAUUUUAUUACUGCAAUAGCUUAUAGUCAAUAAUGAGACAGUAUGGCUGAUUCUAUUGUACAAAAUCUCUAAACUUAAUUGCCAUGUCUUUGCUAUCCUUUUCUGUAGGAAUCAAUGUGAAAGAGAUAGCAAUAUCUUUAGACCUGUAAGUUUAGAGAUUGUGUAUAACAGAGUUAUACACAAUUAUACAUAUACCAGCCACUCGAUUGCGGUAGAAUGACAGCUACAAUGUCGCGAUCGCAACCACCUCUGAUUGGUUGACACUCGCUCACUAUUGGCUACAAUGCAUUGUUGCAACAAGAAUGCCAUAAAUUCAGCCAAUCAUUGCGAUUGUAAUAAUGAUAGAUGCAGUUUUUCUGCAAUCAAGCUGCAGAGUAUGAGCCAAAUAUGAUUACGACCGUCAAAGUGUGGCUAUCACAUUUUGGUGCUAGAUCUAUUUAGGAGUUAAGUUGCUAAAAGUCAAAAGCUUAUGGAAUAUGCUCGGAUAAUCAUAACAGAUUAUCAUAACUAGACCCGUUAUCUUGUUACACUCACAGAUGUAAAAACAGAAAUAAGGGAUAAGAUGGGACACUUAUAAAAUAGGUAUUUUGUUAGUCCCCAUUUUGUUUUUGGUAAAUCUAUACCUACUAAUAUUAUAAAGAGAAAAGUUUUGUUUUUUUGUAAUCAAUUAAUUAUGUAACUAUUGAACUGAAUUUAAUAAUUCUUUCACCAUUAAAAAUCUCUAGAACUAACUUCUAGAAGUAACUUAGGCUUAAAUCACUAUGUACCGUGGACUUAAUCGCGGACAAAAGCUAGUAUAUUAUACAUAUGAUGGUUAUCAUUUUUUUAUAUCUAUCAUAAUAAUUUUCUUGUUAGUUAAUAAUUAUUGUGCCGUCAUGUCCCUUACCUACCCCAUGUCUGUUUUGAUGUCUGUGAAUGCAACAAGAUAACAGAAAAGAUAAAAAAUUGUCUUUAAAGAUUUAUAUUACUUGUACGAAUUGACUGUAUUCCUAUACUAUGAAUAUUUUUCAAUAUUAACCCCAUUUUAAGCUCGAUUAAGUUUUUUGUUACAAGAAUCUAGGCGAGAAGCAAGCCUGUUAUUUUAUUUCUAUUUAAUACAUUUCUAUGUUUAUAAAA